AUUAACUAACAACAACCGACACUUCUGGCUGAAAUGUUGCUUUUUGAACAGAGACAAGAAACUUCCAUCUUUUUCCGGACUACUGGGACGGGAGUCAGUACAUCCUUCUCUUUGUUUGACGAUUCCGCUAGAAAGCUGAACAAUCCUGAGAAUGAUUCUAGGGAGAAGGACAGGCCCGGUCAAACCAUGGAUCUCCCCAAGAACCAUCCAAAGCAAUCCAUUUCUUUCCCUGCUAAGAAGACUGGAAUGGAAUUAGCCCGAGUUCUGGAACCUUCUCUUGAUUUAGAAAUCAAAGAAGCCUUGGUGCCUAGCGAAAGCGAGUUCUUACCCUUUGCCCCGAGGGGGGGAAAAUCACUCAUUAGGGCGAGGGGAAGCAAGUCACAGAUAUCUCCUGGGGAAGGGACGAGACAAAGCUUGUCUAAGGCUGAUUGA